AAGGCGGUUUCAAUUCGUUUCAAAAUUCAAACGCGACGGUUCACUUGAGACUCAACACGCUGAAAACUAUGAGUUGGCGCUGCGCGGAGAAUUCAAAAUAUCAAAUCGUACAAUUUCGCAAAGUUUUUUAAAUCAUAACGCGUCGUCUUUGCAGUUCGUGCAGCAACUGCAAUCAAAGUUAAUUGGAAAAGUAACGGAAAUCUGGCCGUAGUACUUAAUUCCGGUGACUGCCUGUGUCUCCACCGUCGACUCGUGGACAAAACGAAAGCACCGUCAUCGUUAGAGAGAGAGAGAGAGAGAGAAAAAAUAAUCAAAACAUCAAAAAAUCGAAUAAUUAAAUAAUCAAACAAACAAAGACUAUUUUAUUUUGUGGGUGUUACGUGUGAAAAACUGGCGCCAAAAACCACUAUAAAAGGGUUAAUUAAAAUUUAUAAAUAACCGCCAAAAAACUAAAACAGAAUGAGUGCCAACCGUAAACGACGAAGCAGUUUUUACUGCGCGACAGCACAAGCACCAGCGCCAGUACAAGUACCAGUACCAGUACCAGCACAGGAGAAAGAAAAACUAGGUGCAACAGCUGCAAUUUCAAUUCCGCCAUCAAAAGAGCAACUUUCUCUGCCGGCUGAUGAGGAUUUAGUGGAAAUGCCUCGUAUUUGCCGCUGCUGUUGCAAACGGGAUUUGGAAUUACUCGGCUUAUUUGAGGCCAGCCAACCGACAUUGGCCAACACAUCAGAAGCAGAAGCAGAAGUGGGAGCAGAAGCAGAAGCAGGAGCAGGAGCAGGAGCAACAAUAUCAGCGUCAAACAAAUCAUCAGUAACAACGGCUAAAACAUGUGCGACAGAAACUCCAGAGACACCACUGUCUGCAAAUCCAGUAAAUCCCGGGGAUAUGGCUACAUCAUCUUCAGCAGCAACAUCGUCCGCAUUUCUGACCACACCCUCUCCCAUGAGGCGUCGCACCACAGUUGCCACCACAUCCACAUUCACAUCCACAUCCACAUCCACAUCGACAUCCACUACUACUCCCCGUGGGCGAAGCAGCGAUAAUGCCGUCGACUACACCCUUAGCGGGGCCCACAGCAGCAUGGACAUUGUCCUCGAGGAGAUGACCAUUUGGAUGCUCAAUAUAAAUCGCGACGAUGGACUGCCGCAAGAAAUCUGCCGGCAGUGCAUGGCCCAGUUUUUGAUGGUGGCCAAGUUCCGGCGGAAAUGUGCACGGAUGCAGCAGCGCCUGCAGGACUUUGCCCAGGAGAUAUCCGACCGUCAGACGGCCAGACAGGCCAGGCGUCAGCAAAAAGUGCAGAGGGAGCGUCUGGAUAGGAGGUCGCAGGCCAUCCAGAAGUGUCCCGAGAAUUUGCCAGAGUCACAAACGGACCGAAAACGCCGCAUGGUAUCGGAAUCGGACAGCGAAUCGGCAGCAGCAGCAGUGGCAGUGAAACAGGUGCGCACGGAAUCGAAGGAUUUGCCGCCCCCCAGCUCAAGUCGCCUGCAACUCCGUCUGCGCAAGCUUCGCACCUUCUCCAUCGGCUGCGAAAUGGACCGUCCAUCCGCCUCCAUCGAUGCCAGCAGCAUGCCCUGGAAGACGAAGGCCGCCCGCAAGCAGCUGGCGGAGACGUGGUCGUCCAGCUGCUCCCCGGACGACCUCUCAUCGCCCAGUCGCGAGCGCUCCAGCACCAGCAGCAGUGAACACAUGAGCGACCUGUCCGUUGGGCCAUGUUGUGGCUUCGAGAGCGACAGCAAUCCCUCCUCAACCUCUAAGUUAGCACAAACGUUGCAAGCAGCCGCCGCCGCCGCUAAGCCCAAGUCGCCGGUGUCGCCAGUGCCGCUGAAGGCAUCGCCAGUAAAUGAUUUGCUGCCGCGAAGGGGUCGCCGUCCCAGGAAUUCACCUAUUUACAUGCCGGCCAAAAGGCAGCGGCGAUCGGUGGUCAAGAAAGAGCAGGAUAAACCGAAGGUUAACGCUGAACCACUCACCGUAGAGAAAACAAAGUCUGAUCAUAAAGGCAUCUUUCCGCCGGAACCAAGGGUUGAGAGUCGUACCCCAUUCUGCGAUGAGGCAAUCGACAGCACUUCAGAUGUGCCAAAGGAAGCAUCUUCGACUGUAGUAACCAACGGGAAGGAGAAUGAAAUCUCUUCAAAUGGUUUGACUAAAUGUUGCGAUAGGGUCAACGCCAUACAAGCGGACGCAGAUAACACAAAUACAGCCUCCAAAAGCCUGGAGAAAAAUGUGUCCAAUGAAGUCGCAGGAGAACAGCAAAAAGCCAAAACAGAAGAGGCCAAAAAUGGCAUCAGCGAUAAUGGGGAAAUAUCUUCUAUAGAGCUGACGAAAAACUUAAAAACAGCAAGUGAAAGCGAAGAAACAAUUGCACAAGAAAAUUCUUCUCAUGAUAUUUCUGCCGAAAAAGAUACAAAUGAGGGUGAUCCCCUGCAGUCAGAGGAACUUACUUCAUCCACAGAACCCAGUGAGACGCCAGGCGAAGCUGUUGACCAGCCGGAAACUGUGGAGCCGCUGAAAACUGUGAAGCAACAGGAAUCCGAUGGACAAACGGAAGCGACGGAGAAACAACUGAAAUCGGUCGAUGGUGAGCAAUCGGAAAGUGUGGACCAAGCAGAGCAGCAGGAGAUGAUAGUGAGCAUACCGCUGGAGGCGCUCAAUGAGGAUCUACAGCGCCGCCUGUGCGUGGAGGAGGCGGCAAACCGCGACAUUGCGACGCCCAAGGAGCUGUCCCUGCAGCCCGACGAUGUGAACAACAAUGCAAACGAUGAAAAUUUUUGCCAGGGUGCUACAGCAGAUAGCUUCAAUGCUGCUGUGGCACUCCGACCCAAUGAAAUUGAAGCCACACCAACGGAAGCAGAAGAAGAGGCCUCAAGCGGGGCCGAAUCCUCGCCAGACGAAUCGGAUAUGGAUGAGGUGCAGCCGGUGCGAUCCGGACCCACGCCCAUGGACUUUAUGGCCGAGUUCGCCAAGCACUGUGAGAACGGCAUUGAGCAGCUUAAGGUCACCACUCCGGCGGCAUCGCCCCUGCCCUUUGACGAUCUGGAGGCCAAGCAGAAGCUGGAGGUGGAGAUGAACGACGUGGAGACCACUCUGAAUGGCAUUCUCAACGAGAUGCAGGACCAGCACAUGUAUACCCCGAAUUGUGCCCACAUUGAUGAGUUCCUUACUCCCGCCGACUAUGCUCCGAUGACUGAACAGGAAUCCUCCGUCCCAUCGCCUCCCAAUCCCUUCGAGCAGAGUCCAGUGGCUGAGCCGGAGCCCAAACCCUCGGCCUCCGACGAUCCCUUUGACAACAGCAACUUUAGCAACGAACUCAUCGGCUUCCAGAACGAUAUUCCUUGCUUUGAGAAUAUUGAAGCCACUCCGGAACCGGGACAGACUUUGCAUCUGGAGCUUACUCAGUUGUUGAGGGAUCUACAGCCGGCGCAGGAGGCUCAGCCGCAGGAGCAGCAAAGCAGCCAGACCCAGGACCCAGUCGUCGUCCAGGCAGAGACCCAAGUGCAGGCUCAAAAUGAAUCGGAAGACCCCUCUCCGCAUGGGUCACGCAUGCCGACUCCCAUAUCAUCCCCUCAAGCUCCAAUGGAAUCCGAAAUCGAGACGCAGAUGCAACACGAAGCCCUAACAGUGCAGAAUCCACCAAAUCAGCCUCAAGUACAAUCUCAUGACCAAUCUCAGAUGCAAUCUCAGAUGCAAGACCAAAUCCCACCGCAAAUGCAGUCACAGAUUCAAGGUCAAGUCCAAGAGCACCAAACUAUACAGAUCCUGCAACCGCAAGGGCAUCCCCAACUGCAGCUUCAAUCGCAGGUGGUUCCCCAUGUCCAGCGGCAGGGCACAACCACCACAGUCACCUACGAGCAGAUCUAUCAGCAGCACAUUGUCCAGCAGACGGUGCAGCAGUCCUCCAACAAGAUGCAGGUCAUUUCGCUGCCCUCGGCUGGAUCGGAAACGCGACAAUGGCAGUCGUCGACCCAGCAGUCGACGCAACAGCAGCAACAGCUCCAGUGGUCGUCGGUGGGCGGUCUGGAGGCCAUUAAAAGUGCGCCCGUUGAGAGUGUGGCACCCACUACCACCACGUACUACAUCAGUGCCAGCGAUCUGUAUCCGCAGCAGACCACUGAAACCUACACCAUGCUCCAGCCGGCAUCCAAUGAAAGCUAUAUGCUUGAGCCGGUGAAUCCGCAGCAGCAGCAGCAACGCCAGCGACAGCUUCAGCUUCAGCAUGCCCAGCAGGUUCAGCGAGCCCAGCAGCAACACCAGCAGGCGCAGCAACAACCGAUUAUGAUACUGAUCCAGCAGCCAGAGAUGCAGCCGAUGGCCUCGGCCAGCAAUCCGCAGCAGGCACCGGUCCACGUCUACGGCGCUCCCAUCAGCAACAAUUUGCAGCACCAGAACAGCCAGCGCCAGCAGGUGCGACAGCAAUACCAGCGGCAUCAGUUCCAGCAAGGCCAGCCGCAGCAGCAACACCGCCUCGUUCAAAGCCAUCCAGUAUUGGGAAUGCCGGGAGCAACGUCCAUAUCGACCAAAGUGACUCCCAUUCCCGCCACCACGCCAAAGGGUCGGGCGCUGACGCUCAAGUGUCGCUUCUGUCAGAACGGACCGCGCUUUUCCAGCAGCCUGGAGUACAGCCGGCACAUCAUCGAUUUGCACCCGGCGGUGGCGCCGUUCAACUGCCCGCACUGCCCGAUGGCGUUUGCCGGGAGGAGCAAGCGUUCGCAGCACAUUCUCAGCCAUCAUGUGGUGCAGCAGUACCAGUGCGGCCAGUGCUCGCAAGUGUUCCCCGCCCAGAAGGCACUGGACAUGCACAUUCAGCGCUUCCACAUGACACUGCAAACGGUGGAUACGGUGAAAGUGGAGGAGGUUCAGCUGCAGAUAAUGAACGAACGGAAGCAGCGGCCUAGGCAAUAUAAGCCACGGCUGCAACAUCAGCAGCAGCAAUUGCAACCACUACUGCAGCAGCAGCAACAACAGCAGCAAGAGCAACAGCAACAACAACAGCAGCAGCAGCAACAGCAGCAACAACAACAGCAGCAACAGCAGCAACAACAACAGCAGCAACAACAACAGCAGCAACAACAACAGCAGCAACAACCACAGCCCGUGCAGCAAAUCCAUCAACCGCAACAACAGCAGCAGCAGCAACAUGCGCUGCAAAUGCAACAGCCACAACAACAGCAACCGUUAAUGCAGCCCCAAUCACCCCAUCCAUCAACAAUGGAAAUUCAAUCCAGCACAACAACACCACGAAAGAUUCUCUGCUGUCCGGAUUGCGAAGACUGCACAUCCGGUCACAGCCAUGGCAACGUACAGUUCGAGGAGCUACCGCCGGCACUGCCGGCUCCGCCAACGGUGCUCACUCCGCCCUCGACCAUCGUCUCGGCUCCGUCGCCCCAACCCAUGGUGUACUCGCAGCACAUAACAAUGCCGUCGCCGGAACAAUCCGAGCCAGAUUCCACGACCACGUUGCGCCAGUUCCGCAAGCGUGGUGUGAUCGUUGGGCCACAGGGUCCGCUGCAUUUGGCCACACCAGUGGCCUCGCCCUCACCAUCCUCGUCGCCGUCCUCCUCGACGGUGGAUCAUGCACCGCCAGCAUCACCGGCGCCGCCCGCCUCCCCAGCGCCGCCCCCAUCGCCCGCUCCGCCCACGGGCCAGGCGGUGAGCGAGCUGCGGACGAGCCACCAGUGUCUGUACUGCGAGGAGCGGUUCACCAACGAGAUCUCCCUGAAGAAACACCAUCAGCUGGCCCACGGAGCCCAGACCACGAUGCCGUUCGUGUGCAACAUCUGCAAGCGUGGCUAUCGCAUGCGAACGGCGCUGCAUCGGCACAUGGAGUCGCACGAUGUGGAGGGGCGACCGUACGAGUGCAACAUAUGUCGCGUACGGUUCCCGCGACCCUCGCAGCUCACGCUGCACAAGAUCACGGUGCACCUGCUUUCGAAACCGCACACCUGCGACGAGUGCGGCAAACAGUUUGGAACGGAGAGCGCCCUCAAGACGCACAUCAAGUUUCACGGUGCGCUCGGUUACCAGUGCGACUCGUGCGAUCGGACAUUCGAGUAUCUCAAAGAAUUGCGCAAACAUCGACGCACCCACAGCGACAUGUUUUACAAAUGCAAGUUUUGUCCCAGCUCCUUUAUGCGUUUCACCAGUUUUCGGGCACACAUGAACUCGCAUUUGCCACUGGGCGUAUUUCUUAACGAGGAAGCCGCAUCAAAGUCACCUAGCAACAACAAUAGCAACACCGUCAGCGUUAAGCUGGAGAAUCCACCCACGCCCAUCGAGGAGACACCGCUGACGCCGAUGAGCAGCGGUGGACACGUGUACAACAGCCCCGAUGAAUAUCCCAAUUCGGUUGAAAGCUGUGCUGGCAGUAGCCUGGCUCUGGAAUCAGUGGCCACAACGCCAUAACCCAGGUGGCCGGAUUAUAUUUUAGUCCUCGAAGCUUUAGUUAUAAGUCACGACCAGCAACAUAGCCAAAUAACAGCGGCACCUUCCUAUGCUAUUACCAUGUUCGGUGGUGUAUAGCUUCCAUUCUUCCCAUUGGAGCCAACCAAUAAAUAGUUAAUUAUCGACCAGAACCAGCAGACUGCAUUGAAUGCAAUCCCAUAUUGCACUUAAGAUACCUAGUAACUAAGCCAAGGAUACACUCCCUCAGACACAAAUCUUAAGGCUAAACAUAAUUAGACAAUAAGCUAGCUAGAAUCUAGACAUUCAUGCAAUGAAACCAAUUGAAACAAAUAAACAAAGGUUAGCUUUAGACCAUGGACAUACACAUACAUAUAUAUAUAUAUACAUAUUGCUGAUUUCCGUUCCCAGUUAAACUUAUUGUUUUGAAGAGCGUUUAAUGAAAAUGUGAACAAAAUAGUUCGAUAUCGACUAAGAACCUAAGACUAAGUAAUCUACUAACAGCACUAAAAACCUUAAGUUACUACAAUUUUGAUAUAGAAUUUAAACACACAAUUGAGACGUGAAAACCAGCUCAAAUCGUUUUUAGUUCCAUUUUGUUAUAAGACGGUUCAUUGAAUCGAAACAAGGCAGUUGAAUAGCCUAUACAAAUAUUUUCCUUUUAUUUAUAAAUUAUGUAAUAAACAAAUUAUGCUCCUAAUGCGAUCCAACGAUAACAAA